AAAUCACGCGCGCGCAUAUACAGAUCAUCCGCCGGCAAAAAGGUCCCGCCUUUCUCGUCGACGAAGAAGCCAUCGGCGCCACCGUCGCAAUGCUGCGCGCCGCGGCCGCCACCACCGGGUUCGUCCCGGCGCGGCUGGCCGCCGAGACGGCGCCCGCGGUGCGGGUUGCGGCGGCGGGUGCCGAGGUAAGGUCACCGCUCCUCAGGGCUCUAGGGGUGCCGAGAGGGGGCGGCAUUGGGAGCCCCAUGCCGGGGAGGAGGACGUGGUUCGCCUCCGACUCCGACUCCUCCGGCAGCGCCGCCGACAGCGACUCGGACGCGUCGUCCGCGGCUGGGGAGGAGAGCGAGGGCAACCGGUCGUCCUCCGCUGUCGCUCCGGCCAUCGUUCGACCGGAGGACUGCCACACGGUAGUAGUUUUGCCUCUUCCACAUCAACCACUAUUUCCAGGAUUUUACAUGCCAAUCUCUGUAAAGGAUCCGAAGUUGUUGCAAGCUUUAGUUGAAAACCAGAAAAGAUCAUUCCCAUAUGCUGGGGCCUUUCUUGUCAAGAAUGAGGAACAUACUGACAGUAACAUUGUCACAGCUUCAGAUUCAAAGAAAAGCAUUCAUGGUCUGAAAGGAAAAGAAUUGUUGGAGCAUCUUCAUCAAGUUGGCACUCUUGCUAAGAUAGCGAGCAUUCAGGGGGAUCAGGUGUUUCUACUUGGUCACUCUCGUUUACUGAUAACAGAAAUGGUUGAGGAGGACCCACUUACAGUUAAAGUUGAACAUCUAAAGGAAAAGCCUUAUGAUAAAGAUGAUAUUGUCAUAAAAGCAACAUCUUUUGAAGUUCUAUCAACUUUAAAGGAUGUUCUUAAGAUAAAUCCCCUCUGGAAGGACCAUGCUCAAAUAUAUACCCAGCAUAUGGGUGAUUUCAACUACCCAAGACUAGCAGAUUUUGGUGCUGCCAUUUCAGUCGCCAACAAGUUGCUAUGCCAGGAAGUUCUUGAGGAACUAGAUGUGUCUAAGCGUUUAAUGUUGAGCCUUGAGUUAGUUAAGAGGGAAUUGGAGAUUACUAAGUUGCAGCGAUCCAUAGCAAAAGCAAUUGAAGAAAAAAUAACUGGAGAGCAGCGUCGCUACCUAUUAAACGAGCAACUUAAAGCAAUCAAGAAGGAGCUCGGCUUGGAGACUGAUGAUAAAACGGCGCUGUCAGAAAAAUUUAGGAAAAGGAUUGAAUCAAGAAAAGAGAAAUGCCCAUCUGGAGUUUUACAAGUCAUUGAAGAAGAGCUCACUAAACUUCAGUUACUGGAAGCUAGUUCUAGCGAAUUCAGUGUUACUACCAAUUAUUUAGACUGGCUAACAGUAUUGCCCUGGGGGGAUUACAGUGAUGAAAACUUUGAUGUUCAUCAUGCUCAACGUAUUCUCGAUGAAGAUCACUAUGGUCUAGCUGAUGUAAAAGAAAGAAUAUUGGAAUUUAUAGCAGUUGGAAAAUUAAGAGGAAGCUCACAAGGUAAGAUUAUAUGUCUUUCUGGACCACCUGGGGUUGGUAAAACUAGUAUUGGACGAUCAAUUGCCCGUGCAUUGAACCGGAAAUUCUACAGAUUUUCUGUUGGAGGUUUGUCUGAUACAGCAGAAAUCAAGGGUCAUCGGCGGACCUAUGUUGGGGCAAUGCCAGGGAAGAUGGUUCAGUGUCUGAAAUCAAUCGGAACCUCAAAUCCUCUAGUUUUGAUAGAUGAGAUCGACAAGCUAGGGAGAGGGUAUUCUGGUGAUCCAGCCAGUGCACUGUUGGAACUUCUUGAUCCUGAACAGAAUGCUAACUUUCUUGACCAUUAUCUUGAUGUUCCUAUUGAUCUAUCCAAGGUUCUGUUUGUUUGCACGGCGAAUGUCAUAGAGAUGAUACCAGACCCUCUACUGGACAGGAUGGAGAUCAUUUCUAUUGCUGGUUAUAUAACUGAUGAGAAGAUGCAUAUUGCACGGGGUUACCUAGAAAAGAACACAAGGGAGGCUUGUGGCAUCAUGCCUGAACAGGUCGAGUUUAUGGAUAGUGCUCUUCUUGCUCUAAUUGAAAACUAUUGCCGAGAAGCUGGUGUGCGUAACCUUCAAAAACAGAUCGAGAAAAUUUACCGGAAGAUAGCUCUGCAACUUGUUCGUCGAGGGGUAUCAAAUGAGCCAACUCAGGAGAUCACAUUGGUGGAAGCAAGUGAACAACAUACUGGUGUUGACAUUGCAACAGAAGUGGAAAACAAGAGCCUGAGGGAUGCUCUUGCAGAAGAUGUUUCAGUGCAUGUCACUCAAACUGAUUUGUCUUGUGAGAAUAUUAACGUGGUGUCCUUGACAACCAAAUCAGAGGUUGACCAUAAUGAGCAUCCAAAUGGAGCUUCUAAAGAAGUGUCUGCAGAUGAGAAAGCUACAUUAACAAAUAUGUCAGGCAAAACAGAGAUCAAUGAAGGCAUGGAGAAAGUAAUGGAAGCACUUGUAGAUAGCGCCACGGAGAAAGUUGUUGUUGAUGCAUCAAACCUGGAUAAAUUUAUUGGGAAGCCUGUAUUCCAACCAGAGCGUCUAUUUGACCAAACUCCUGUUGGGGUGGUCAUGGGUUUAGCUUGGAAUGCUAUGGGUGGUUCUACUUUAUAUAUUGAGACAGUAAAAGUUGAGGACGGCAAAGGAAAGGUUGCGCUUGUGGUGACAGGCCAACUUGGAGAUGUCAUGAAAGAGAGUGCUCAAAUUGCGCAUACAGUUUGUACAUCCAUAUUACAUGAGAAAGAACCAAAUAACCCCUUUUUUAUGAAGUCAAAGCUUCACCUACAUGUUCCUGCAGGGGCCACACCUAAGGAUGGCCCCAGUGCUGGGUGCACUAUGGUUACAUCGAUGCUGUCCUUAGCCAUUGGAAAGCCGGUAAAGAAAGACCUGGCAAUGACUGGGGAAGUAACAUUAACUGGACGAAUUCUCCCAAUUGGCGGGGUGAAGGAGAAAACUAUUGCUGCCAGGAGAAGUGGGAUAAAGACGAUCAUAUUCCCAUCAGCAAACAGAAGAGAUUUCGAUGAGCUUGCUCCUAAUGUGAAAGAAGGUCUUGAGGUCCACUUCGUUGACAAAUACAGUGAAAUAUACGAUCUAGCUUUUCGAAGUGAUAGUGGGACUCGAGCAAGCUAGUGUAUCGACCUCACGUCUUAUUCCUCGUUUAUUGGAGACAGAACAUGCUCUAUAGAAGCAGUCUGCGUCAAGACCUGGGUGAAAUAUGGGGGCUCGUUUGUUGUACAUGGCAAUUCGUUUGAGUAUGCAGCUUGUAACAAAAACAAGGAAGAUCUCACAAGAGCGAACCUCACAAACAACUUCGCAAGCUGUACAGAUUGUUCCAUUUCUCCUUUUCUGUAAAGUAACUACCAUAUGUAAAUUCAGAAAGAGUGAGUGUCAUUAUUCUAGACAUCCAAAUUGUGAAUAGAACCGAUGACAUAUCUGAUGUUAAACCAUUAUUUCAAGUACUGCCUGUGACUAACCUGGUCUAAGUUGCAUAAAUACGAGUCCCACGGAGAAUACAAGAGAACUGAAGGUGCUGUAGCACAUCUUGUACUGACCACCUGCUAUGGGUCAAGCAAAGGGGGUUAGCUUUUUUAAGGAUAAUGUGGUUAAGAAAUUUGAUAUAUGUUUCCCUUUUACAGACAAUACUUUGUUGUACUGGUUUGACCUUGUGUCGUGCAUCAGCAUCUUGUAUUUUGAUGCCAAGGGUUAUGUAAACUAGUG